CGCAUGACCAUGAACACGAUGUACUGUAUACAUGCGGAUUACAGUGAGCUAGCCCGAUCAGGAAAGCGUGCCUUAUCGGCCCGUUCUGGCAUUGGGUCGCCGUCAUCGCCGCUCGACGUUGCCUCUCGAUCUCUGCUGGCCACUGCUCUUUUUCCGCCUAUCUUCGCCUGUACAAAGUGCUUCUUGGGCCACAUUAAAGAGCUGGCCCUCGCUGUUACCGCUGUGCUUUUAACACACACUGUGCUUCUUCUGACCACCACACCCGCACCCACUCACUCAUUCAUACCCACUAUGGCGGAACGCAUUCUGAUGAACGAAUUCAAGGCCCUUUCCAAGGAGAAAUGGGUUCACAUUGAGUUGAAAGACGAAGACAUAUUUCGCUGGAAUGUCGGCCUAAUCGUGCUGAACCCAGACUCCAUGUACUACGGAGGAUACUUCAAAGCCCUGAUGGAAUUCACCAGCAACUAUCCCUACUCUCCACCAAAAUUCCGCUUCAUCAGGCCCAUCUGGCACCCCAACAUCUAUCCCGACGGCAACCUAUGCAUCUCGAUCCUACACACCCCUGGCGAGGACGAACAGUCUGGAGAACUGGCGGCAGAGCGCUGGUCUCCGGCGCAAAGAGUGGAGUCGGUGUUAAUCUCCAUUCUGUCUCUUCUCGACGACGCUGAAUGCUCGUCCCCCGCCAACGUCGACGCUGGCGUCCAACUACGCAAUGACUUAGAAACAUACAAGGAGUGCGUACGCCAGAACGUGGAGCAGUCGAAGUUGGACAUUCCCGACGGUUUCGUCAUGCCAACCUACGAGUCGACCGUGGCCAAGCCCGCCGUGGAUGCCGAUGACAGUGAUUUCUGGGCCGAGAGUGACGCUGAAGAAGAUCCUUUUGGCGGCAGCGACUCGUCUGAUUUCGAAGUCGAUGACGAUAAUGAUGAUAUGGAAGUUGACGACAGCGAUAUCCAGGGAGAUUCUGGCAGUGACGACGAAAUUUGAUUAUCAAUCACCUUAUCACGUUUGGUCUCUUUGCAAUUUCCAGCGGGCAAUAUCCAUUUCAGGCGUAUCGGCAUUGGUUGGGCGGUUUAUCAGCGUGUUUCAUUCUGCAUUGCACAGGCUAGGAGUUUGCUUUUUCUAAGCCUCCGUUCGUACGUUUGCAUUUUCAUUCAGCACAUACAUUUUACCUUUUCACGACUUCUUACGUCGAAUAUAUCCAUUUUGUAUCUACGGAUUAUUCUUGUCAAUGAUUUCUGGCCUUGGAAACAUCAAUAACAGCAGGGUUCAGCUGCUUGAUCACAUCAA